UAGGGUUCCGUCCGUCCCAGCCUGGCCUACCAUCCCCAAAUUCCCCAAUUCCCCCACCCGAUCGCCGCCGCCGCCGCCGCCGCCACCCGCGCCGCGCGCUUCCUUUACCGAAUACCCGCCGCCCCCGUCGUCGCCGCCGCCGCCGCCAUCACCACCGUCGAGGACGAGAUGACCGUCACCACCGUCGUCGAGGAGACGAACAACCCCGCCGCCACCGCCGUCAAGGUCGAGGAGAAAACCGCCGCCGCCACCACCACCACCACCACCACCACCCAGGUCGACAAGAAGACGACCAGUGGGGAGGAGGAGAAGCCGAAGCCCGUCGUCACCUACCGCUAUAUCUGUGAGAAUAUCCAUCGUCUCGAUCGAAACGAUCCUUUUUUCUUCACCUGGGGCAUGAGGAAUGAAACUGCCUAUGCCAUGUGCUUGCUCUCUCUCCUUUACGCCGUACUCUCCCUAUGCCUUCUUCUUCCAUGGCAGCCUAUACCCACAGAAGGCGAUGGCGACCACCCACUAAUCAACUCGAUUUGGACUUUCUCGCUCCUUGCUUUGUCUUACAUGUUCUGUUGGAUUAUCUCGUUGUCCGAGGCUAUCACUAAGCUAGUUGCCUUCACCAGUAUCACCUAUGGCAUUCUAAUGGCUUUCGCUGUUGCUCACCUCCUCGGCCGUGUGGUUGGCAUGGCCGUCAUAGUUAUUGCUGUGCUAUAUACCACCGGCAUGUUUGCUCAUGCCAUCGCCGAGCAUCGCCAGCACACGGGCAGUGACACGGCCGCAGAUGCCCUGCUCACCAAGAAGCUAACCACAGAGCAGAUGCAGCGCGAGGAAUUGCGGCGCCUCCCCUUCAUCGUCCUCGGCGCGUAUUCACUCUUUGUGUUUGGUUGCACGGCAUGGCUGGUCUUCACUGAGAUGGGCAGCAUAAGCACGGCCACGGUGAUCAUCGUUUUGGCGGAGGUCUCAAUUGGGACGUGCUUCAUCUCAUACCUGUGGAGUAUAUUGCUCUCUGUGGGUUUGCUCCACGAUACCUUUGUCUCUCAUGAUACCAUCGUCUUCAAGGCUGGUUCAUAUUCAAUUGCGCUCUACUUCCUUGCUUUUCUGCUUAUCGCCAUGUUUGAGAGCAAACUUCUUGGCUUGUCCGUGCUUUUACUCAUACCAAUGGCGAUGGCUGGGUUCCUCGGCUAUCUCGUCGCGGUGUACUCACACUACAAGUCACUGAGAGACAAGCUUGACAUCAACAAUCUGAAGUAGAAUGGCAGCUUGAGGUGAAGGAUCUGAAGUAUGAUGGCAAGCUUCAAGUCAAGAAUCCAGAGGAGCAUGAUAAUAAUUGAUGUGAUGAAUCCAGAGUGUUAUGGGAGUUCUAAUCUCUAAUAGUUUCCUUGUGAACUAGUAUUAGAAUGCUAAUGUUUAGUGGUUUCCUUUUAAAUUACUGGCUUUUGAACUGGUGUUAGUAUGUUGCUAUGCUCGAAUUAAAACUCUGUUUGGCCUAUUGAUAUUGUCAGUUUCUUAUGUGCCAGUGCUUGAGGUGGCAUUGCACUGUAUGUGUUGCGAUGACCCGGAGGCAUAGUUGGAGUUAUGUUUCUAGUUAAAUGGCCUUUAUGAAUUUGUCUUCACAAAUAAUGUACGUAUGUUUUAAGCUUAAUUUAUGAACUUAUCAUCA